AGGAGGCAAAAGUACAACUUUCUUUGGAGGGCCCGAAUCCAGGUUCACCCGACAGGAGCCGCCUCCACCAUGCCGCUGAAGUUCAACCCCAAUGAGGUCAAAGUCGUACACCUGAGGUGCACCAGUGGGGAAGUCGGUGCCACGUCUGUCCCGGCCCCCAAGACCGAUCCCCUGGGUCUUUCUCCAAAAAAGGUUGGUGCUGACAUCGCCAAAGCAACUGGUGACUGGAAGGGUCUGAGGAUUACGGUGAAACUGAUCAUUCAGAACAGACAGGCCCAGAUCGAGGUAGUGCCUCCUGCCUCUGCCCUGAUCAUCAAAGCCCUCAAAGAACCACCACGAAACAGAAAGAGGCAAAAAAACAUUAAGGACAGUGGCAAUAUCAUUUCAUCUUUUGAUGAGGUGGUCAACAUUGCCUGACAGAUGUGACACCGAUCUUUAGCUAGAGAACUCUCUGGAACCAUUCAAGAGACCCAGGGGACUGCCCAGUCUGUGGGCUGCAAUGUCGGUGGCAGCCACCCUUCUGACAUCACAGAUGACAUCAACAGCGCUGCUGUGGAACGCCCCGCUAGUGAAGACCUACAAAGGAAAAUAUUUUAA